UUGGAGUUUGUUGUUAUCUCGAAAGCGUUCGAUUCGGUUUCGCAUGUCACAAUCGACAGAUCUGCAGAGGCGUUUGGAGCUCCGUCCCCUCAUGUUCGAAAUGCUGCACAAUCCUGUGAGAAUGCCGGAGAAGUGUUCCAAAAUUCCGAGGUUCAUUCUCAAAGAGGUGUGAGGCAAGGAGAUAACCUCCCAUUAUUAUUCAUCAUGACAAUGGAUGACGUUUCCGAGCUGUCAAUGCCGCAACUGAGAAAGCAGUUCCAUGAUAUGCUAUCAGAUGUUUUAACCUUUCCUGACGAGUUGGUAGACUCGCAACCAGAUUAUUCGCCCAAAAAUGAUCUUCGUUUCCCACAAACUGAAUGCCACUCUAUGGAUCCAAUUUACGCACUUCUUCGUGCAAAAACCAACAUCUCUACCGGAUCACUCAAGAAGGACCGAAUAUUGGAUUCACAAACAACGAAACGAGGAACUCCUCGAAGUGAAAUCAAUAAAGGUCACAAGCCGGACCUCCGAAGGACAAAGGUUACUCCAAAAUCGACCAGACUACGACGGCGAGGGAUGAGAAGCUUAAAUGUCACGACGGCAACGGCGAAUGAGGAUACGGGGUUUUGGUGGAUGCGGGAUUUUGUAGAAUGCACAUACACGCACAUACAUGACUCUCGUUUGAACGGUCGUCUUCCUGUCCUGAAGCAACCUUCUUGG